CUAAUUGUGACAGACGCAAACCUAGACCCGCCUCCAGAAGUACCGAGCGCACGACGCCGUGCACCGCUUGAUAAAUCCCUCUUGAGGUUGAGCGCCCUUCCGCCCGGCCAGCCAGCACCUGCCGCCCUGACGGGGUUUUGGAUCGACAACUCUCGCAAAGAUGCCGCCGGAGUACUGGACAGAUUAUAUGUGGCUGGUGAUUGUGGGCUUUAUUGUCUCAUUUAUUAUGGCCGCCGGUAUUGGUGCUAACGAUGUGGCCAACGCCUUCGGCACCUCCGUCGGCGCCAAGACCAUUACCCUGAAGCAGGCUUGCCUCAUCGCUUCCGUCUUUGAGUUCGCCGGUGCCAUUGGCCUGGGUGGCGAGGUGACCAAGACCAUCGCUGGCUCCAUCGCUCGCCCCGCCGCGUUCCAGGACCUCCCAGAGAUGUUCGCGUACGGCAUGAUGUGCGCGCUUAUUGCCGCAUCUACCUGGGUGUUCGUUGCCACAUACUUCUGCCUUGCCGUAUCCACCACCCACUCCGUCAUCGGCGCGGUGAUGGGCUUUGCCCUGGUGUGGGGUGGCUCUGGCGCCGUGGUGUGGAACGACCACAUGGACGCCUUCCCCUACUCGAAGGGUCUGGUGCCCGUGAUCUGCUCCUGGUUCGUGUCGCCCAUCAUGUCGGGAAUUACUGCUGCUAUUCUCUUCAGCCUGAACCGCGUGUGCAUCCUUCGCCGCGAGAACUCAACCCAGUUGGCAAUUUACUUUUACCCCCUUCUUGUGGGUGUCACCGUCUUCAUCAAUGUUUUCUUUGUAAUCUACAAGGGAGCUAAGAACGUGGCUCACUGGGACUCGAACAAGGCCGCCUGGGUGGCUGCGUGCAUCAUGGCCGGCUGCAUGGUUCUCGCCAUCUUCCCCGGCAUGUGGCUGCUGCGCCGUGCCGUUACCAAGGACAUGGACCGGGCUGCCCAGAAGGCUGCUGACGCCGAGGCCAACGCCGGCAAGCCCAAGGAGGAGGAGGUGGAGGCUGAGCCCACCUCUAAGGCCAUGAAGAUCUUCAACUCGAUGAAGAAGGCUGCCACCCGCGGCCUGAACGUCGACAUUCACGAGCACGUGGAGCACGACCAGACCAUCCACGACAUGCACGCUGCCGCCGAGGUGUUCUCCCCCGAGACCGAGCAGGUGUACAAGUACCUGCAGGUCUUCUCUGCCUGCGCCGUGUCUUUCGCGCACGGAGCCAACGAUGUCGCCAACGCUGUCGGCCCUUUCUCCGGCAUCUGGUAUGUGUACCGCUUCUGGACCAUCUCGUCCAGCGGCGACACCCCCGUCUGGGUGAUGGCCAUGGGCGGCGCCGGCAUUGUGGUGGGCCUGGCUACCUACGGCUACAACAUCAUGAUGACUCUGGGCGUGGGCCUGGCCAAGAUGACGCCGUCCCGCGGCUUCUGCGCUGAGCUGGCUACCUCGUUCACCGUCUCCAUUGCCUCCGUGUACGGCCUGCCUGUGUCCACCACCCAAAUUAUUACCGGUGGCGAGAUGGGCGUGGGCCUGGUCGAGGACCUGCGCAGCGGCGUGAACUGGAAGCUGUUCGCCAAGCAGGUCGUUGCCUGGGUGUUCACCCUGAUUGUGUCGGGCUUCCUCUGCGCUGCCAUCUUCGCGUACGGCGCCUACUCGCCGUCUCUGACCAUGUCCAAGGACAUCGCCAAGUACAAGAAGGGCAUGACGAACGUGACGGUGACCCUGUACGCCCAGCUGACCAAGGAGAACAUCGCCGUGAACAAGACCUUUGGCCCGGCUUACUUCGACAAGUACCUGAACGCCACCAUCGCUUCCCAGACCAAGGCCCUGACCGCCAUGCUCAACACCAAGAACAUCGGCUACGUUGACCCUCCGAUGCUGAUUGCCCAGAUGAACGCUGCCAUCACGACCUACCAGAACAACUCUGCCCUCACCACUGGCUUCAACAGCAGCAGCCGCGCCUACGUGCCCGCUGGCCAGCCGUACGCUGCCACGACCAUCCAGGUGCAGCCCUGGCCCACAGCGGCACCCGCUGGCGGGCGGUAGGCUGUUGCAUUCCUAGAAUAAAUCAUUGAGAACGUGACUGACCAUGAAAACCAGGACUACUGCGCGUGCGGGCACGUAGAGGACGCGGUCUGCAGGAUGGUGUGGUGCUGGCUUAAGGCUGCUAAGCUGCCACUAGAUACUGAGAUACGGCUCUUUGCUGACAGAGUGGUUGCUGUGCAGGCUCUGUGAGGCAGGCUCUGUGAGGCUUGCACUGUGAGGCUUGCACUGUUGUUUGGCACAGUGGCAGCCUGUAGUCGGUGUAGGGAACUUGUUGCAUACUGCUUGCACACUUUUACGAUCCCACCUGACGAGUGCUUUCUUGUUGUGCGGGAAACACCGAUGCAUGAUUAAUACUGUAAACAUUGUUUGGA